AUGAAUACCACCACGUCAACUGUUGCAGCAGCUGUUGCCGACCAGUUCCAGUCUUUGAACACUUCCUCCUCAUGUUUCUUGAAGAUUCAUAUUCCUUCCAUUGAAAACCCAUUCGGUAUUGAGUUAUGGCCAAUCUUCUCUAAGGUUUUCGAACACUUUAGUGGCUAUCCAGCUGAACAAUUUGAGUUCAUUCAUGAUAAGACUUUCCUGGCUAAUGGAUACCAUGCUGUUGGUAUUAUCAUUGUCUACUACAUUAUCAUCUUUGGUGGUCAAGCUAUUUUACGCGCUUUAAAUACUUCCCCAUUGAAGCUCAAAUUACUUUUCGAGAUGCAUAACUUGUUUUUGACGUCUAUUUCAUUGGUCUUAUGGUUGUUGAUGUUAGAACAAUUGAUUCCUAUGGUCUAUCACCAUGGUCUAUUCUGGUCCAUCUGCUCCAAGGAAGCCUUCGCACCAAAGUUGGUUACUCUUUACUAUUUGAACUACUUGACCAAAUUCGUAGAAUUGAUUGACACUGUGUUUUUAGUUUUGAGAAGAAAGAAGCUAUUGUUUUUGCACACUUAUCACCAUGGUGCCACCGCUUUGUUGUGCUACACUCAAUUGAUUGGUCGUACUUCGGUUGAAUGGGUUGUCAUCCUGCUAAACUUGGGAGUCCAUGUUAUCAUGUACUGGUAUUACUUCUUGAGUUCAUGUGGUAUUAGGGUUUGGUGGAAGCAAUGGGUCACCAGAUUCCAAAUCAUCCAAUUUUUGAUUGACUUAGUUUUCGUUUACUUUGCCACCUACACAUUCUAUGCUCACAAAUACUUGCGUGGUAUUUUGCCAAACAAAGGUACCUGCUAUGGUACUCAAUCUGCUGCUGCCUAUGGUUAUAUGAUCUUAACGUCUUAUUUGCUCUUGUUUAUAUCUUUCUACAUCCAAUCUUACAAGAAAGGUGGAAAAAAGACUGUCAAGAAAGGAUCUGAAGUUUCUGGUUCCGUUGGAUCUGGUUCUUCUACUGGUGUCAAAACCUCUACCACCAAGGUCUCUUCCAGGAAGGCCUGA